AUGGGCAUGCUGGGCGUGUGCCGAAAGGUUUGGCAGACUGAGGGUGUUCGAGGAUUCUUCCGGGGCGUACUGCCACCCUUGAUGGGCAGCUCUGCCUACCGAUCUGCUCAGUUUGCUGUCUUCGAGGCUGUUUACACGCGGCAGAAGGAGUUGGGCUGGGAUGAGGUGACCAUCCCUGGUACUGGCGGCCUGGCCUUUGCAACGGUGCUGGCUGGCAUUUGUGGCUCCUCUACGAGGGCCGUGAUUGAGUCACCCAUCGAGUACGCGAAGGUGAAGCGUCAAACUGGGCAGAGCUGGCAAUUUCACGAGGUUUAUCAAGGCUUCUUCAUGCAGCUGCCACGCACCGUUGGAAUGAUGACCCUCAUUUUCUGCGGCGUGGAUAGUGUCCGACGCUGGAGCCACGGUGAAGCUCUGAAACAUCCGCACUGGCAGUUCUUGACCUGGGGUGGUGUGGACCGGGCACCCUGCGGCAGACCGUGUUUUCGACGUCGGAUUUCGAGAUGCCUUGUCAGAUGGUUGGAUCUUGAAGGCAUUUCAAUCGAAGACCGGCACAUUGAAGUCCCUGCACCUGCAAUGUGCCCAAUUUGCUGGUGUGGCCGUUUGGAAGUGCUCGUCAUGCCACAACUCACAAGUGGUGGUUGA